GCGCAUCACCAAUCAUUCACCGACUGCGGAAAUAAUUAAAAUUUCCCCUUAAAUAGAAAAACUAAUUGUUUUAGCGUACAGGCAAUUUCCCGACAGCUGGAAUCGAUUCCUUGUAAUUUUCCUGGAAUCUCCCAAUCUUAAUACAUAUUUUGCAGGUGAAAGUCUUUUCUUCUGCGUCGACAAUCAUACUCUCCAUAAAAUCUAUACUUGUAACAUAUAAUGUUCUCUACUCGCAUCAGAUAAGGAAUGUCUAGCGAAGAAAAAAACCAUGUAGGCUUAGGGUUAGGUUGGGCUUCGCACUCAGCAGAGUCCCCUUCACAGACAGCGUCUGCAAUUGAGGGCUCCAACAUUGGAUUCCAGCUGCUGAAAAAAUGUGGGUGGAAGGAAGGAACUGGUCUGGGAGUUGCAGAGCAGGGCAGGUUGGAUCCUAUAGAAACACAUGUGAAACAUGAUAAGCGAGGCAUUGGCGCAGAAAAUAAGCCAAAGAAAACAGUUAAUUGUACACCAAAAGAAAAUUCUCAAUUGCAACCAAAAAGAAGUUCAAAGAAGGUGAAAGCUUUAUCCAAAAGGUUGAGAAAGUUGGAAGCUGAAGAGAAACGGCGGCAAGAACAGGCACUUGAGGUAGCAUUCUUCAGGGAGUUCUGGCCAGAUAAUGUAUGAAAUAAUUCUUAUAAUAUGUUCAUGAAAGGGCGAGCUUUUCAAUUCAUUUCCAUCCUAUAGUGCUAACAGUCAUAUCCUCUUUUGCUUUCCUUUCAUGUACUGGAGCAAAAUGCACCUGUGGCAGACCUCAUUUGAAGGGGCUAGUUCAUGAAAUUGUUUUCUUCUAUUUGUGGAUAUGUGAUUAUAUUCCUUGAGGAUCAAGGUUUUGUGUAGACUGGCAUGGCAUGUGAAAAGCAGCUAAGCGAUGCUUUCACAACUUUUUUUUCAACAAGAUGUGUGAUUUUAAUUCUAACAGUCAGUUCAUUCGGGUACCUCUAAAAUUUCUUGACCAUUUUUUUUUGACAAAAUCAUGAUUGCUAUAUAUUUUAUUGUGA